CUGGAGCCAAGAGAGGCAGGGCGCCUCCCCGCCUUCGCUACUGUGACCUCCGGUGUUUUCCCGGCUGCUCGCCCUCCGGCUGUGCCCGCCGCAGGAGGAUUGCACCAGGUCCCAGCGCGACCACCUCUAGGCGUUGGCACUCCCUUCCUCCUCUCUCGCCCCUCCUCCGCCUCUUCCGUUUCUCCGGGAAAGGCUGUAUCCUCCUUCGGGGCUCCGCAUCCUCGCUUAGGUAAUCCGCUUUCCUGCUUUCGCCACCCCUCCCCCGUGUCCAGCGUCUCCACCUCCGCGCAUUUGGGUCCCUGCGAGCCUCGCGCGCUCCAUCGCCUCUGCAGAGGGCAGGGCAUCACUGCACAGCCCAGGCUGGCCUUGACCUACAGAUUUCCUUCUCCAGUCUCCAGACUGCUGGCAUUACAGCUGUGAGCCAGAGGGUGGGUGAGGCUGAGAAGCAGGCUUUAGAAAUGUCAGGCAUCCUUCUGGAACUGCUUCGUGUGUCCGAGAAGGCUGCUAACAUCGCCAGGGCGUGCCGGCAGCAGGAGACCCUCUUCCAGCUGCUCAUUGAGGAGAAGAAAGGUGCAGAGAAGAACAAGAAGUUUGCUGCAGAUUUCAAGACCCUGGCGGAUGUGCUGGUGCAGGAAGUUAUAAAACAAAACAUGGAGAACAAGUUUCCAGGCUUGGGGAAAAAAGUUUUUGGAGAAGAAUCCAAUGAGUUUACAAAUGACUUGGGGGAAAAGAUCACAGUGGAGCUGCAGUCCACGGAGGAGGAGACAGCAGAGCUGCUCAGCAGAGUCCUUAAUGGCAACAAGCUGGCAUCUGAAGCGCUGGCUCAGGUGGUUCAUGAGGAUGUGGACUUAACUGAUCCCACGCUGGAGUCCCUGGACAUCAGCAUCCCACAGGAGAGUCUUGGGAUUUGGGUGGAUCCCAUAGAUUCAACCUAUCAGUAUAUUAAAGGUUCUGCCAAUGUUAAAUCCAACCAAGGAGUUUUCCCCAGCGGACUUCAGUGCGUGACCAUUUUAAUUGGCGUGUAUGACCUACAGACAGGCCUGCCCCUAAUGGGAGUCAUCAAUCAGCCUUUUGUGUCCCAAAAUCUAACUACUUUAAGGUGGAAAGGACAAUGCUACUGGGGCCUUUCGUACAUGGGGACCAACAUCCAUUCCCUGCCGCUCACCAUCUCUAAAAACGACAGUGAAACCCAGACUGAAAACUCAGAGGGAGAGUUCGCCAGCCCUUUUUCUGCAGUCAUCAGUACCAGCGAAAAAGACACCAUCAAAGCUGCUCUAUCGCGCGUGUGCGGAGGUAGCGUCUUCCCCGCUGCGGGGGCUGGCUACAAGAGCCUCUGUGUAGUCCAGGGCUUGGCUGACAUUUACAUCUUCUCAGAGGACACCACGUAUAAGUGGGACUCCUGUGCCGCCCACGCCAUUCUGAGGGCCAUGGGUGGGGGCAUUGUAGACAUGAAAGAGUGCUUAGAGAGAAGUCCAGACACGGGGUUGGAUUUGCCACAGCUGCUGUAUCACAAGGAAAAUAAAGGUGCUUCUGGGGUGGAUCUCUGGGCCAACAAGGGAGGGCUGAUAGCAUACAGGUCCAGGAAUCGGCUGGAUACCUUCCUGAGCCGCCUCAUCCAAAACCUCGGGUCUGUAAAGACGCAAACAUAAGACUCUGAUCUCAGGGCCCUUAAACCGAACUGCAUCUUUUCCUGUUAUGCCUAUCUCUUGAAGAUAGUUUUGUCCCACUGGUUAAUAUUCACCUUCCUGUUUUGAGGAACAUUUUCCCAUUAUGUGUUCAUAAUGUGAAUUUUAGUAAAUUAGUGGCAUUUGUGUCACAGUUAAGUUGUUAUAUGAUGUUGUUAUAUAAACAUUGUGCUGUUAUUGUUGCUUGGAACCCUUCAAUAAAAUACCAAGGGAGGAGCAAAAAUGUACAGUUCACGUGGAAUGACUAAAUCCCCAGCUGUUUGGGAUCCAGGCAGUGUUGGCUUGGGUAUCCAUGGUAUCCAUAGCCUAAGGCAGAAGAUUUAGAACAGUGAAUUUGAAUAGUAUAGCUAAGUUUAUGUAUUUUCAAGACUUGUGUUUCUUAUAAAAAAGAAGGCUGGUAACUGAGGGUUUCCACCCACUGAAACAUGGUGGGAAUUAGAAAUCAGGAAACAAAAAGGAAAGACAUACAGAGACUGGAGAAAGAGAAGAGAGAACA